AUGUCUUCCCAAGCGCGAGAUUUAGAUCAACAGAGUGGAAGAGCGAGAGCCGAAAAGCGGAAACCUGUACGACGUGACCUGGAAAAGAGACGCCAACAAAACGUUCAAGCACAACGAAAGUACAGAGAAAAGCUUCGUGAGCGCCUCCAGCGUCUUGAAGCACUUGCAGCAUCCACACAGAGCCGUGUCGCUGAAACACCUGCGGCUGUAAGCACAAGCUCACCGAAUGUUAUUGCCACGAGAUGCUCGAUCGAUAAGAACCGCGAUCAACUUAUUGAGCCCACCGUCCAGCCUUGCCAUGUAUCAGAUGUCUCAAUCGCCAGCUCAUCAGUUGCGACUCCAGAAGCGGAUCUCCCUUCGCACUCAGAUGUAACCCCAUCAGAGCUAAGUGACUGGGAUUCUACCACUCAUUUUGAUCCCACUCUUCUCAUCCGUGAGAAACAUGACGAUGAAAACUGCUCAGAAUGGACGACUACCAUCAACUGCGGUUGCUCUAGCGCUCAUGUUCAGGUUGGUUCUCCAAGCCCAGCCCACUUUGAACGCGGCCAAAUCAGAAUAAUCAAUAUGGGCCGGAGGCCCGAGACCCCCAAUCCGUACGUCAACAAUCUUCGUAUUGAAACAAUAUGUAUUCUAGCCGCGAUGCAAUCUCUUGGGAUGUACAUUGGCAUCACAGAAGAGGUAGCUUGUAACGAAGACUCUUCACCUUUCUUCCGAGCCAGUGCAGCUUCAUCUGAUUACGUGUCUCGAGCAAACACGAUUUCCUCUGUCCAGAAAUUGUUCAAGACACUGAAACCAAAUCUACGCCCGAAUAUCGAACAGAUUACUGUUCAACACGCCGCUUGUAUAGACAUCCUACCGUUUCCGACUCUUCGGAAGAAUUUGAUCAUGAAUCAAGCCAAUUUUGACGAAGAACAAUUUUUCGAAGAUCUGCUCACUGGGCUGAAGUGUUGGGGUGGAGCAGGUAUCGGGAAACGGGAUCGGGAUGCUUCCACUGGAUCUGUAUCUACGGGCACACCGUGGGAUGUUCGUAGUUGGGAGGCCAAUUUGUGGUUUUUGAAGAAAUACUGGGAUUUUUUGGGUGGUGAGGAAGGAGAACUUGUGCAACAGAGUGAGUGGUGGCGAAGCAUCAGAGGCGAGGAUGACUUGGUAUGA